UAUUUCUAGACAAAAUACAUAUGCAUGUGUAUAAUCGGGAGGGUUCGGGUUGGAUAGUGAGAAAAUCAUGCCCACUCAUUACCCGCAAUAUUCGGGUUCGGGUUUUACCCGUACCCACUAAAAGUCAUUCGGGUUCGGGUUUUACCCUACCCGAUUAGGUCGGAUUCGGGCGGAUAUCCAUUGUUAAGGAUAUUUUUGUCAUCCCUACAUGUAAUCUCAUCAUGAAAAGAAAGAUGACGAGACUACAAGUGUCUGGGCGGCUGAUUCUGAGUUUGGGCGAGGGAGAAAAGAAACAUCAAAAGCAGUGCAACAGGAAAAGUGAACUACACGAGGUGGAAGGCAAAUUCCCUUACGAGGAAAUUUAAGGACAAAAUAGGGAAAAUUACAGAAGCUAAUCCCCAGUCUGAACACCAAAUUACCCUAUCUAGGAUCCCUAACAAGUGACUGAGGAAUUCUCAAGUGUUAAAUGCGUUUUUGUAAAUUAUAAAGGGGGAUAACUGGGUUUUGGUCUUUUGGACUCCAAACGUCCAAGGGACAAACCCUAGAGAGAGAGCAACUUGGGGACAUUCUUGGAGUGAUAUUGGAGGAUUUCUUCACCAUUGGAACUCGAAAGAACAAGCUUGGAGAUGGAGAUUGAAGAUCUAGAUAAGAUUUAUGUAGUCUCUCUCUUCUCUAUGGAGUAACUUCCCUUCGCUUAGAUUUUGAGGAACCCUAGCUAUGUUUGUUUGAUUGGACGAUUGUAUGAGAACUCUCUCUUGAUUAUCUUGAUUUCAAAUUCAAUCUAUGCAUGUUUGGAUGUUCAAUUCUGCUUUAGUCGAGAUUAUUGAUUAUGCUUUGAUCCUAUGAGAGGGAAUAACUGAUUCAGUCAAGAGAGCACCAUAGAUUGAUAGUCGACGAUUGAUUGUACGAGCGUCAAUCGAUUCCUUGCUAUGUACUGAUUGAGAACGUCAUUUGAUAAAGGGAUUCUAGUGUAAGUUGUUCUGUAGAAGGAUAUGUCCCUAUAGGCAAUCAACUCAAGAGGACAUUGAUGCUUUAGUCGAGAUUCAAGGUCUAGUCAAGGACUCUCCGAAUUGUGAAUGAAAGUGAAUCAAGUUAUAGAUCAUCAAUUAUUAAUCUGGCUAGUGGCUAGGGGGAAUCAUAACUAGUGAGUCCCAACCUGUAAUUAGUAGUCUAACCUAGUUUAGCUUGUAGAGUAGUUUAGUUAAUUAAACCUUAAUUUGAUUUGCUAGAUAAUGAACCAAAACUGUAGUAACUCUAGAGACUCGUGUAUUAGACAUUUAUUACUUAUGCCACUAUACUGCAGUCCAUUUCAUUGGUUACACUUGGCCACUGUUAGGAGUUUUGUUUUAACGAGUCAAGUUUUUGACGCCGUUGCGGGCAAUUUCUAGAUUAUUAGGAAAUGCAUAACUUUGUCAAUUUAGCUUUUAUUUUACUUUUCCAUCAUUGCUUUUCACUUGGGUAUUUUUUGUUUUGUAUGUAUGAAUCAUUAAUCGUUAUGACUUUUCCGACAUGUAGGGGUGUCUACCAAUACCCUGUUGGUAUUACCCCCAGACUUCAUGGGAUAACCAGUAUGGAGAAGGCAGACCAUUUACUUCAUAACCGUCGCGUGUAAUUGUAAUCAUCAUCAUGACUUAAAUAGUUACAGAAGAAUCAAUCUCCCACAUUAGUAUAUGUUCAUUCAAGCAUAAUUUAUUUUCAAAUUAAUGAUUAACACUGAAACAAGGAGAAAGGGGAGCAACAACAUAAAAAUAGUGGUGGGAAAUGGAGGUAUUGAUUUGGGGUGGGCGGCUGGGCGCCAUGGCCGUGGCAAGGUGAUUAGUGACAUUGCCGCUGCUCCAACCGCCGCCAUCAGCGAUGCGCUCAUCCCCUUCUUCUCCCACCCACUACCAUUGCUUAUGUUUCCUUCCGGCGAACACUUCACACACUACCUCUCUUGGCCAUCACCGGCGGCCAUAUACAUCACCCAAGUCAAAUAGAUGAAAACCAGAGGUAAUUGUAAAUUUCAGGAUUUGUGAUGGAGAGAUAUAUGGAUGAAGGAAGAAGCUGUUAUGGUGGCAAAGAUGGACGCCAUUUUUCACACUCUGGUCCUUGGAAGGUGGAAGGAGAUGGGUUUGCUCAAUAGUAGAUGGCAGAGCAGGAUAGGUGUAAACUUACUGUUUGUUCUCCCUUGCCCAGUCCGAUGAGGCGUGCGAUUGGUCGAUAUAUUGUGAGGCAAAUUUGUGGGCGGAAGUUAGGAGAAUGACUAGAUCGACGUCUUUGAUUUCAUCGCAGAUUGUGGAGUUGCAAGGAGAAUGCUAGGCGGAAGGAUCGCUAGCCGUAGUGGUUGGAGGAUAGGAGGCCGGAGGCUGGAGGGAGGCAAGAGAAGGGAAAUGCCAUGUCAUACAUUUUACGAUCAAUUAGGAGAGUUGACAGCCACAUCAGCAAAGUUAACGGAAUUGGACGGAGAGUGACCAAACUAGAAACGUUUAACUAAUUUUAGUGACCACAAAUGGAAUUAAGUAUUUUUAAUGACCAAAUGUGAAACUUUUUAGUAAUCCAACCUUGCAAUUUACCCAUUUUUUUCUUCAAAUACAUUGAAAAUGGAUCUCAUUUUGUAUAAAAAUGAACUCGUUUCAUCUAUGCUAAAAAAAAUUAAAUUCACGUUAGAACGAAAAAAAAGUUGAUUAAAAAACUAGAAAAAAAAAGUUUUUAAUUUCCAACCCUUAGAUCUGAGACCCACAAAAAAUGAAGGGCCCAAAUCUUAUUAUGCAAUGUUAUGCACUAGAGCUAGAGGGUUACUAGCCCUAUAUGUAACCCUCUUCCCUCUUCUGUUUCCAUGUCUCUCUUUCUUUCCUUUUCGAUUUUACUUUUUCAAUUGUCGCUUCAUUAUCCUCGUCGCCACCAACAAGAAUCUGGGUGAGCUGAAAGCCAAUGCCAGAGAAAAUUCCUGUUUCGCGGUGGAAACUCUUGCAGUGUUAUUUGAUUGAAUGCACCACUGACUUCUGAAACCAAGACGACCAUCACUACAGUUCUCACAUCUUCGAAGAAUGUUCGAACGAAGGAGUUUGAGUUUUUGUGGGAAUCAACGUUAAAUCUAAUCCUAUGGAGAUUUCUACGGAGAGCUCCGCGACUACACGCUACGACUACGCACUAUGGGGAUCCUUUCUGGAAGAAGAGCUCCGCGAAAGAGUUACAAAGAAAAAGGAAGUUUAACAAAUGUAUUUUUGUGUUGAUUUGGUUGUCCUUAUCUCUCCUUGCAUCGGUAAUUUUAUCUAAAUCACUUACAUAGUCUUCACAUUAACUCCUCUUUAUAACUACUUCGUCAAACGAACUUGCACCUACCAGCCACGUGCUCCAUCCUUCUCCAAGAAGUUGUGGUCUUCAACUGCUUUGAUCUCCUCUCUAUACUUCGCGUAAAUCUUACGUGCAAUAAAUAACGCCUUCAACCUCAUGGCAUUGUUGAACUUGCGAUGUUAUUUAUCUCACAACACAAAUCUAGCUUACCCCACGACAUCGUCAAACUCGUAACGUCGUUGACCUAGCGAUAUAGCCUAGGUCGCGGCCUUGUGGAAUUCGUGGCCUCGUGUAGCUCUGCUAUGUUGCUAAACUCGUAACCUUGCUGAACUUGCGGUAUGGUAGCAUACAACGAUUUUGUUUAUAUUAUCUUUCGACGCCGUUAGAAUUACGAUGUCGUUAACCCCGCGGCAUCGUUGAACUUGAUAUUCCGCCAUCCAGAUAUGGCUCACGACAAUGUUUUGAUUUGCGACAUUGCUUAAAUCUCGCGAUGUCACCGACCUUGAGGUCUUGUUUAGCUCUUAAUGCCAUUGAGCUUGUGGCAUUCUUAAACUCAUGGCGGAAUUGAACUCACGACAUGGUUGAACUCGCAAGGUCGUUGGGAUUACGACGUCAUUGAGCUCACGGCAUCGUCGACCACCGCGAUGUUGCAUCGUCGCAAUACAGAUUAUUUUGGGUG